UAAUUUUUGAGUAGAAAACAAAACAUAAAAUAGAAUUUUAAUAGUACACUCACUUCGUCACUUUUCGUCGACAUUGUUCUUGUUGAAUAAUUCACAGCUCACGCAAAAUAUUCACGAUAUCGUAAUUUUAUAGAGAGAUGAACGUCUUCGAACCGACACCCAGAGAUCAAAUGCUGACGAAAUUCACGAUAGAACGGCACACAAUCUUCCAGAAUUUUCGCUGCUGGAUGGAAAGACAAAGAUACGAAUCCGAAUCUUUGGUCAAAUCUGUUCUGCACUGUUGCACUUUGUACAGUAGAGUUUAUAGGAUGCGUUCGUAUUGGUGCACUCCUCGAAUUGGACCAAUAUGAGCGCAUUGAAGUGAAAAGGAGCAAGUUGGAAAAUGCGACGCGGACAACCCUAAAGAGACGUCUUGCUGAUUGGUCAAUUAGAUACGAGAUAGGAUUUUCAAACGAACUCCCACGCGUCUUUUUGCGCUGAAAAGCGUUCUUAAACAUUUGGUUUAAUAACAUGACAUAUAUCGAUUUCGUGUACGCGAAUGUCGUGACAAUAUCAAGGAAUUGUGUUUAAUGUAUGUAUUCAUUUUGACGCUGUGGAAUAUUAUUUUAUUAAAUAAUGGAACAGUCUCUUAAAAGAAUGUCCGAUGAGGUGGAGCCAAAAAUUCUCGAACCUGUUCUAAUGCGAAUGGAUAAAGAAAGUUGCAUACGUAUUGACAAAAAUGAGUUUAAAAUUGGCCGUGCAAGAGAUAAUGAUGAAAUUAUAUUGGAUGUUAUGAUAUCUAGAAGACAUUGUGUCUUUAAAUGUUAUCAGGAUGAAUGGAUGAUUAAAGAUUUAAGUUCGUCUUCAACAUUUGUUAAUAAUGUUCCCAUCCUUCCUGGAGUACCACAAAAUAUCUAUCCUGGUGAUGUUAUACAAUUCAGUCCUAAUGAAACAUUCAAGUAUAUAUUUACUCUUGCUGAAAAAGAUCAUUGUGUUAAGAGACCACGUUUAGAUGAAAAAAUACUUGACACUGUUCUUAUUCAACAAAAAACAUUUGCCGAAAGUCAAAAGUGUCAGAGAAAAGAACUCAAGGAUAAGCUGGAAAUCAAACAAAAGGAGCAAGUUGUAUUAAAACAGCAGCUUGAAGAUUUGUUAUCGCAACAGACUGUUAUUCAAGAUGAUAAAGAGAAUUUAUUAAGACAAAUUGAAGUACUAGAAAGUAAAAUAAAGACAGGUAAUACUCAAGAACAACAUUUAAAUAACAUGUAUUCCCAGUUAUUGGAAAAAUUAGAGAAUGAAAGGCAGCAAUUUGAGACAAGGAUAAACAAAGAGAAGCAAAAGUGGCAAGAAGCACUAGAUAUGAGUAAGCAAGAGAAAGAAAUGUUAGAAAUAAAAAUGAAAGAACAAAUGGAAAAAUGGAGAGAAGAACAACAAAUAGAAUGGAGAAAUAUGAUGGAAAAUAAGGUAAAGGAAGAAAAAAAUAUUCAAGCUCAAUUAUUGAAUGAGAAAAAUAUUCUAGAAGAGAGAUUGAAAGAAACAGAAAGAGCCUUAAAAGAACAAGAAGCAAGGGCGGGAACUUCGCAGGCAAUGUUAAAUGCAAACAUAAUAACUGAUGGAGCAAGUACAGCAGAUAAUUGUAUAGUUGUAGAAUUGGUAAAUGUUGAUCAAUCUUCAGAAUAUCAUAUACUAGACACAAUAGAUUUAACUGAAUUUAGCCAAAAUGUUGUGGAGGCUAAUACUAAGGAUAAUGUUUUUGGAAAAGUGAGUGACAUUAUGGACGAACAAUUGACAUGUAGCAUAUGCUCAGAAUUAUUUGUGAGAGCAACAACAUUAAAUUGCACACAUACAUAUUGUGACCACUGCAUACGUAUGUGGAGUAAAAAACGAAGAGAUUGUCCUGUCUGUAGAAAACCGAUAAUAUCGAUGAAUAGGUCAUUAGUUUUAGAUAAUUUUAUUGAGAGUAUGAUUGAAAAUUUGCCUACAGAACUCAAAAAUAGAAGAAAAGAGAUUAUGGAAGAAAGAAAAGCAUUAGAAAACAAGAGACGCUAUUAAGACAAAGUACAAGAAGACAGAUUAUAGUAUUUUAUUGUAUAUGUUAAUUUUAUGAUGUAAAAAUGUGAAAAAAUA